AUGGAAUCGUUCGACAUUCUCGUGCUCUGCGUCGUGUGUUUUCUCAGUGGUAUUGUAGUACUUAUGUAUGUUCAUCGAAGGUCUUGUACUGCCUUUCAUACCGAAAAUAAUGACGAGGAAACGUCUGAACCUGGAACGGAUCACGACGAACAGGAUUCGCUGCUACCAAAGUUUGCAGGACUGUUGCUUUCGCCUUGGCACAGCGUAACGACUGGACAGAAUCAUGAGCCCACGAGGAUGCGUACAGUUCGAAAUAAAACACGAUCCAUUUCACUGCCAAUGUCGCUUCCUCUUGGCAAAAGAAAACAAACUGCUGAAGUACCGAUCAAGAAGAUUCACGUGCCUUAUUUCUUUCCAUUGUUGGAUGAGACUGCCGAGUGGUGGCAGAUGCAUCAAUCUACUGUUAUGGAGCGUCCACUGGCUCUAGAACAAGAGGCAGGAGAAGAUUUGGAGGACAAGUUGUUGUGCUCGGAUCAUAAGAUGGAGUGA